AUGGAAAAUAUAGAUGUAAAUGAAGGACUGAAUAUACAAGGAGUGGUUCUUGAACUCACGAUCUUUUUAUGUAUCGUUUUAUUGGGUUCAUUGAUAUGUGCGAAUCAAUUCAACUUCUUAUAUAAUUUUUUUAUUCCUAUAGCUUAUAACGUAACCUUUUUGCCAUUAUUCAUAUCCUGGGUAUUCACUUUGUGGAAUAAAAUUGUAAAGGGCAAAAGCAUGGCAAAAAAGAUUUUGCUAUUCAUGUUGCUUUUUUGGUUGAUUAUAGCUACCAUUUUUUUUCCUUACAUGAUAUAUUCUCGAAUUGUAAAAAACAUUACACAGAAGAUUUCUGAAGAACACAAGAAAAAACAAACCUAUAAGAAUGUAUACAGUUUUAUGCUUACACACAUCAUAGUAACAUCAGGAGGCAUGUUUCCUGGGCCACUGACUAUAAAUCGCAGUAUUGAAGUUUGGAUCAAUGUGAUUGCAGUAGCUAUUCUUAUGUAUUCAAUUGUAUAUUGUUUAAUGAACGACUCUUCUGAUAAGCAAUUCUAUCGAUUUCUUAUGAUAGCAAGUAUACUCAGCACAUCUAUACUGAAGGUAUUUUCAGUUCUAAAGUAUUUCAUUCCUUCACUUCAAUGUGAAAGAUGGGACAAGUUCAAUUUCAAGUCUGAUUGGCCUCAAAUAUCUACAUUUGUAUUUUCACUAGUUGUAUUUAUUGUAAUUACAAGCACAAACAAAAGUCAAAAUCAGAAUGAAAAAUGGAAUAAUAUAUUUGGAUAUACAUUCAAGUGA